AUGAUUCCAGGAGCAGUACCUAUUGAGUUACAGGGCCUAACUCAAACAGAAGAAAUGCUUAUUGCUCGAGCUCUACCAAUAAUGAGGGUCUAUGUCAAACCGCAUGGACAAAGAGGGUAUUCUGGGCACUGCAUCAAUUUACCUCAACAUAUUGAAGAGCUUGCAUCUGUUUUGCCAAGAUAUGCUAGAGACUUGUCUGUUAUUGUAGUUAACAUGAAGGGCAGAGACAAUACAUUUAAGGACGUAAAGGUCAGAAGAGAAAAAGUGUAUAAUGCAUUAUUAUGGCUUGUGAGAAAUAAUCCACAUUAUAGAAAUGUGACCGUCCAUCAACAUGCUUUAAUAUCUUGUCAGAGGAAAUGA